GUACAGAGUACAAAGAAAGGGCAGCACACCGCCGUCGAAAAAAUUUGUUCCACUACGUUGUCUGGUAGCAAUAAAAAAUAAAUAAAAACUAGAAAAUUCAUAAAAUUAGUUUUAAAAAACCAUGGAAGUCGAUGAACAAGCAGAACCAAAUGAAGAUACAAACAUAAACGAAGCAACAGAGGGACAGCAACAACAUAUUGCGUCGCCUCCCAAUCCCAGUGAAACAACUGUCCAGAGAACGAACCAUACGGAAAGUGUGUCGCCAGGGAAUGAAAGGGCACCCAUAUUGGAGCAAACAAAUGAACCGACAGCCACCGCUACCAAUUCCCUUGGUUCGAAUGAGGAAGAAAAUCGUGUAAAUGAAAAUGAUAAUAUAUCCGAGGAGAGAACAGAAGAAACAACAGCUGCUGACGUUAGUAGCAGAAGCCAUAGUUUGGAAUCGAACGCUGAAGCUGGCAAUGGUCAGCCAGGUGGGGAGGAUCAACAAAAUGAACAGCAAAUUGAAGAUGCCGGCAUAGAUCCAAACUAUCCGCUAGUCUUGGUCAGGCGGGUCUCUCUGCCAGCCAACAAUGAUACAAAUCAAGAGGAACCCUCCGCCAUGGAACAAGACAAUGCUGACAAUGAAGAACCCUCGAUGGUAGAAAUACCCCCAAGUGUCUUAGAUUUAUUCCAUAUUGACCGAGCCGAAGGUAAUGAUGACGCCAAUGCUGCCGAUCGUGCAGAGGACGAAGAUUCCGAUUUGGAUUCGUGGUUGGAGGAUAAUGAGGAUGAAGCUGCAAUAAUUGAAAAUCCAAAUUUAGGACAAUUCAAUAAUCAUUUUGUGGUUCUACGCAAUAUGAUAGCCCAGACAAGACGUAGCAUGGCGGAGACUGAGGCCAAUAUUGGACCAUCCGAAAUAUUACCUCGCAAUAUGUUAAUGCAACGCUUUCGACGCAUCCUCUUCAUACUAAACAAUCGCCGUAGAAGACUUAUACGGUUGGGCAUGAACACGCCAGACGAAGAAAAUCCCGAGGCCGAAGCCAAUGCCGAAAUGGAAGCUGCCAAUGAUGAAAGCACACCGCCACAGAACGAUGAGGAGGGCGGCCAGAAUGCUGAAAAUAAUCAAAAUGAAGAAAACGAAGAGGGUAAUAUGUCGAUGGAACAAGAGGAGGAAAUGAAUGAGAAUGCUGUACGCUUUGAUACAAAUCUGCCGGCAGAACACUCUUACUUGGGACCGAAUAUGAAUCGUGUUUCGGGGGUCAACUAUUUAGAUGCCGAUCAGUAUAUCAAAUUGCGUUUAUUUAUCCAUCAACAUGUCCUAUUUCCCGGUGAAGUUUUACCGUUUAUGGUCGAUAGUUCUACAACCAUCAUAGAGGGUGAUAUUGAUGCACAAAAUGGCAUACUCUUUGGUGUUUGCUUCCCCACACUAACCAAUAACAAUGCUGCGAAUGCUGAAAGAAAAAAUAAUCAUUUACUGUAUGGUGUCACUUGUCAGAUUUAUGAGCUGGGCACAGAUGACAGUGGCAAUACGCUGAUCAAGUCGAGGGCAUUGCAACGAUUUGUGACAAAAGUGAAUGAUUUGACAGUGCCCUUGGAAUACAUCAACACCCAUCCACGCAUGAAAUGUACCGGCUUUGUUAAAAUUCUACCCGACAUCUAUUUACCCGAACCAUUCAAACAAAUGAAUAUGGGCUCAAUGAAUCGUUUUCGUGACAUUGCCUCAAUGCAGCAGGCCUAUCGACGUUUCCAAGCUGCCACUACACCAUGGCCGGCACAUGUUUACGAGACACAUAAUAUGUCAACAAUAAUUGAAAAAGCCCGUACCCAAUUGGCACAACAUAAAAUUGAUACAAUGCCUGCCGAUCCAACACAGUUGUCCUAUUGGUUGGUACGCAAUUUACAUUUACCCGAAAAGAUGUUGAAAUCCGUAUUCCUGGCCAAUACAGUGAAUACACGUUUAAAACUAAUUGCCAGUACAUUUAAGGAGGAAGCCGUUUACAUUUGUCGCACCUGUGGCACCCACAUUGCAAAUUGCCGUGAAUUAUUUGCCAUGUCCAAACAUGGUGUUCAAUCACAAUAUUGCAAUUCUGCCGGUUAUAUACAUGAAACAAAUACUGUCUAUCAAGUUAAUCGCCAAAAUAUUUUAUAUAGUGGAUCACCGUCAACGGAAUUCAGCUGGUUUCCGGGUUAUCAAUGGCAUAUAAUCGUUUGUAAAAUCUGUGAACAUCAUCUCGGUUGGGAAUUUAAAGCCGUCGAAUCCAAUCUCAUACCCAAACAAUUCUUUGGCAUUUCAUCGAGCAGUGUCCGGAUACGUUCGGCCAGUGAACAUGCCGAUGAUAACGUUCGGGGACAAAACACAUUUUAUCAUUUCAUACGCCUCAUGAAUGCUGGUGUAAAUAUCGAUUGAAUUAGGUGGGGCACAGUGAAGCGUUUUCUGCGCAAAUGUUGGCAUCGAUGCUGGAGUUGUUGUACAACACGUAGAAGAAUGUGACGAUCAAAGGAAUUGCAUGUUGAGUAUGUUGAAAUGAUAAAAAGGAUGGGAAGAAAAUGUUUCAUCUGUGCACGUAAUUUUUGUGUGGCCGAGAUGACAAAAAGAAGAUACCAGUUAAGUUCUUUUAAAGAAAUCAAUAAUUGUAGUUAAAAUCUUAACGAUUUGAAAUUCGUUUAUUAUGUCGUGUUAUA